CGUUCAAGCUGGAAGACGAUAAAGGUGCUACUGUGUGAAGGAAAUGAUUGAGUGGGCAGCAGAAGCAACUUCAACCAGUUUUCCUUUCCACUUGUCUCAAGAUGGUUACUCUCACGCAGUGGCCAUGCUCUGUUGGCUGUUGGAAUGGUAGGGGUCAUCUUAGUUCUUGUCAACCUGAUGUUUAGUGACUUUUUCCUCAGCGACGACUCGAGACAGCAUUCAGCCAAGAAUCAUCAUGCCAUAUCCUCCUCACUACAGACAACUAGUACACUCAUAUCCAGAAGAAAGCCAUCUUCAACGAAGGACAGCAUUGUUGUCAAAAUUUUUUAAAAGUCUAGACACAAAAAACGUAGCACUUCCCUAAUGUGCAUUAUCCUUAAACUUGAUCUGAAAACAUGAUGUAAACAAGUUUGCCUAUCAUGAAAUGCGGCCACUCAAUUGCACAGGAAGAAAUUUAUUUUAUGUCCACAAUAACAGCUUCCUUGUGAAUAGGACUGUUGCAGGACCAAUCAAGCUGGGUUUUCUGUUCUGUAUAUACAAUAAAAAGACUAAAUGACAACUCUUUUUCGUACAAAAACAUCAUAAAUAAGGAAAAAAGCUCCUUUUGAAACACCUGUACGAGAUGACUUUGUCCGUAUCCGAUGCAUACUACAAUCCACUAUAGAAGAAGAAAGAAAAGUAGAUGAAGAGGAAACAAAAGAAACAGCUUUACAUAUGCAUGAUGAAGAAGACAGAGAUGUUUCAGAUGAAGCUGAAUAUGAGCAUGAAGAUAAGGUAGUUAAAUUAGAAAAUAGGAACACUCAAUCCAAUAGAUCAGACAGUGAGAGAAAACACAAAAAGUAGUAUUUGGCUCUGAGGAAAUGAAUUGGAGGAUUAUGAUGACCAGCCCCUGAAUGAUCCUAGUUACUAUAACCUGCUGGACGGAGAAUAUUUGACCAUAAGGAUAUCAGUCUUUCAGAAAAUAAAUUUGAAUAUGAAGCUGAUUUUUGAUCAGUUUAUAGUCCAAGUGCCCCCAAGACAGACGUGUUUGAAAGAAUAUCCAAACCUAAAUGCAAGAACCUGAUGAGCAGAACAUGAAACUCAAUGUGCUGAUGAUUGGAUUAGAUUCCAUCUCCCACCUUUGCUUUCAAAGGAAGCUUCCCUUGACAUACAGACUUUUGAAAGAUGAGCUGGAUGCUGCUGUCUUAGAAAAUUAUAACAUUGUGGGCGAUGCAACUACUGCAGCAUUGAUUCCUAUAUUAACAGGUAAAACAGAGAUGGAACUGCCAGAAGCUAGAACAUCAGUCUUUGAGUCCGGCACUGUUGAUGCGUACCCAUUUAUAUGGAACCAUUUUCGGGACCAAGGCUAUGUCACCCUUUUUGCUGAGGAUGAGCCAAGUAUCAGCACCUUCAACCUGCGGCUAAAUGGGUUUGAAAUUCAACCCACAGAUCAUUACAUGCGACACUUCUGGCUUGCUCUUUGGGAUUCUUCUCUGAGAUCUAACAGUCAGAAGUAUUGUACUGGACCUACACCUCACCACCACUUCUUGUUACAGUAUUUGGAGGACUUCUUUGUUGAGUAUCACAAUGUUUCCAAGUUUGCUUUUGGUUUUCAUGUAGAAUUCACACACUCGGAUAACAACCCAGCACAAUAUAUUGAUGCAGAUUUGGCCAGAUUCAUACGCCGCUUAAAAAAUAACAAUAUCCUGGAUGACACAGUGUUGAUUAUCAUGGCAGACCAUGGUGCAAGGUACAGCAAAGUGCGGUCCACAGUACAGGGAAAACUUGAAGAGAGACUGCCUAUGAUGUCAUUUGUAUUCCCUAAAAAAUUCCAGAAACGUUUUCCAGCUCUUUGGAAGAAUCUGAUGGACAACAGGCAGAGAUUGUCCACUCCUUUUGAUGUUCAUGAAACACUGCUUGACAUACUCAAUUUUUCUCGGGCACGUACCUCACAUCCUGCUUUCUCACGGGGCAUCAGCCUGCUACAGCAGAUCCCAGUUAAUAGAACAUGUAGGUCUGCUGCCAUCCUGGCGCACUGGUGUAGCUGCAUGCAGCAGAUUGCACUGGGCACAGAUGAAGAGUUUGUGAGAGAUGCGGCUCUGACCCUUACAAAGCACAUCAACACAUUGACUGCACCACACAGGCAUCAGUGUGCAGAGCUUCAUUUAACACAGAUUGACAGUGCAUUUCUUUUGAUUCCGAAUGAACAGGUGCUGAAGUUUCGGCAUUCUAAAGAUAGCGAUCACCGUCUGGCCAAUUUCAGUGGUACUGUGGACCCAGAUUUUGUGCAUCAGCAGCUUCAGAUCAAGACACAGCCAUGUGGUGCCCUUUUUGAAGCUACCAUCGCUGUCAGUUUCCGCACAUCAGAAAUCGUCUACAGCGUAACACCAGGGAUUAGCAGGAUCAACAAGUAUGGUGAUCAGCCAGCAUGCCUGCGGACUUCAUUACCUAAUUUGAGAGAGUUCUGCUGCUGCAACAUCUUUCUCAAAUCUUAUCAAGCUAAUGAAAAGAAUCAUCAAUCACCAAUGUCCCAUGUCAAGAGUGAACAUUCACCUCUUGCCAUGAAGAGCAGAUCUCCACAAAGAAACAAACAUUAAAAUGAUGUAAUGUAUUGGGGAGGGAUGCUCUCCUCUAAGCAUAUCUUCCAGAUUAUAUGCAAUGUGCUUGUAUACUUAUAUCUAAUUUAUGUAUAUAUAAGUUGUAUACACAAUGAACUUUGCACAUGGUUUUGUUAUGUAGCAUGCAGUAUACUUCUCCCAAUGAACCCGGCUGUUAAAUGGGUACCUGCCCCACGAUUCACACCCCCUCACCCUAGACAUAGAGAGCUGGGAAGGGAAAAGACAGCAAAAGAAAGGAAAUUACUUAGCCUUCACAUACUCUGUCUCUAAGAUAAGUAAAGUCUGUUACGGAAUACAUCACAGCCAUUAAGUGCAAAGUUGCAGGACUACCUUCUACCCUUUUUUUUAAAAAUGUAUAAGAGAAUAUAUGUUAAGAAACCUGGGUAAAAAAAAAAAAAAACUUGUAUGUUUUUGCUAGUAUAAAUAAGGUGGUGGCAUGGUUCUAGGUUGGUGGCAGAAGCUGUCAUGUGUUCGAGAUUCCUGCUUCCUAAGGGAUAAAUGUUUUCUUGUCACACUCAUUUUUAUUAGAAACAAUGUUCUUAGUGAAAUUUUCAGAGAGAAAUCAAAUUUUAAAAGUUAAUCAAAGUAAUGGGAUUUUUGCCUCUGUUAAUAUUGCAUCUCGUGUUGCAGUUUUAGGUGUUUUACUGUAAUGGAUAGGACACCAUGCAUGAUAUCGUGAGUUAUUUUUCUCUGUGAAAUGCAAAGAUACCAAAGGAUAUUUUUUGGAUGAUUGAAACUAUCCUCUGUUUUUUAAACAGGGAGAUACAAUGCUUUAUAAAUCACUAAAUCAGUGGUAAAUUGUGCGAUUUGUGACUUGAAAGACAGAAAUUUGUGGCUUAAGCCUGUUUUUUUCACAAGUGUUUGAUGAGAAAAAGAUAAUCUUGCAUGCAAAUCUUUUUCAUUCAUACAGAAUGUUUAUAAUAUAAAAUGGUAGUUAAUGGCAGUUUUUUUGGUACAUUCUUAUUGGCAGAGGUGAAUUGUAAAAUCUAGGUUGUUUAAAGAAGUGUGAUUAAGCUCUGUUUACUGUUGUAAUUGCCCCCUGUGGGACCCCGGGGUAUAUUGUAUUUAGCCAAGACAUCAAGAAGUGAAAGUGGGGCUGGAUUGGCCACACUUUACAAAAGCCAGCCAACAAUUUAACAAGACAAGCUCUCAGCUGGAACCCACAGGGGAGGCGUAAGGUUGGGAGACCCAGACAGAUGUGGAGGAGGUCAGUCCAAAGAGAGGCAGAGACAGCUGGCAUGACAUGGUCCCAACUGGAAAGGGAUGCCCAGAACCGGGUCCGAUGGCGGGUGUGUUGCGGCGCUAUGCUCCACUGGGGGCCAAUAGGAACAAGAAGAAGAUUGUAUUUAGCGGAAGGUUGUCAUCAAAGUACAGUUUAUACAUAAUAUUUUAAAGAUUGAUUCUUUAUAAUAAUUUUCUAGUGGUGACAUUCUAUGCUAAUAUUACCUUUAUUGCUGUGUACAGUCUGUUUCUUUUAAUUUAAUCAAUGGAGAUGGAUAUAUCUUUGUAGGUAUAGUGGAUUCCAGUUGAUUGGACCAUACUGAGACUAGAAGAUUUUGUUUCAAUCAACUGGCUAAUUAUGCACAAUUUCCCAUAAAGAGUUACCUUUAUGCAACCUGGAGUUAAAAAAUAAUUGUUUCUGAAAAUAGUAUCUUAAAAGAACUUUGAAAUGUUCCAGAUGAGAGAAGAACUUUAGCAUAAAAAACAGUAUAAAGUAUCUAUGUAUGUCAUGUAUCCAUGUAGUUCUAAAGACUCACUGAUAUGACAGAAGUUACUAAGUUACAUGCCCUUAUUUUAAGUUCUCCCAUUGUUCAUACUCUCCUCAGCCUUUUAGAGAAGCAUUUCAAGUUUAGAAGAAAAUCAUAAAAUUAUGGAAGUCACCUUCAUGAACAAGUACACCAUGAGUCAACAUGCUUGCCACCAAAUGGUAAAUCAACUAGGACAGUAUAAUUGCUUCCACACCACACUCUACAGAAACAUAGAGUGUAAUGUUUAAAUCAUGUGGCAGGAUGUCACAGUUUGUGUGAUUUACUGUUAUAAGAUUUGUUCAUAACAAAUUGGGGCCCACUGUCUGUGUAUCAGGGAUGAUAACUUUGUUAACCGGUUUUAGUGGUUUUUAAUUUUUCAGCAAUAACAGAUAAAAUUACUGAUUGCAUUUCCUCAGAAACAGAACCUCCUGAUUUUUGUUUUGGAUACUUUAUUUUUAUUGUAACAAGUGUCCACUGCUUUUUACAAAGUAUUGAAUAAUUUCCUUGGUAUUCUUCAAAGAUUUGUUUCAAUUUUUUUUAUUAAAGUUAAAUCUCAAAACAUUUAAUUUCUAUUAAAAGCAUAUUAUUUUUCUUUCCCUUUUGAAUCCAAAAUAUAGCUAUGGCUACAUUCCUGUUUUUUAGUCAUUUUAUAUUUUAUUUAUUUUGUUACAAAGUUUUUGGAAGUACAUGUAUAUGUAUAUAUCAUCAAGGUAUGCAUACUCAUUCGUUGUUGGUUUUUGUAGUUGUUGUCAGAUGACACGGAGUACUUUUUAUUUUUUUUUAAAGGAAAAUAUCAAUUAAUUUACCUUGCCCAUGUUCUUAAUUUGAAGUGAUAUGGUAAAAAGCUGUAUAACACAAGACUGCACUCCUAGACCAGUGCUGUGCAAAAUGUUUUAUGAGGUCUUCUCUACACUAUAACCACAUUUGUUUGGUUGCUAUGUAAAUUGUCUCUCAGAACAUUAAUUUGGUUGCUUCCUAAAAUAUUUUGAGUAUUUUGAAUGUAAUCUGCUACGUUGUUUAUGCCUUUAUAUUUUAUUAAAAAGCUCAGUUUUGAUAUCAGGGGUAACGAUAAAUAAAACAUGAUUGAAAAAGUCUCUAUAAGCAAUUAUGCUCUAAAAAAAACAA